AUGAAUAGUAGCUGCGAGAUCAGUGAAGCUCAGCAGAAUCUACUCCUCCAGCAUGCAGCCAACUCGUCUGUAUAUCAGGAACGUUACGCGCCAGAUUAUUUCCCCAAAGAUUUCAGCGCGGUGUGGCGAGGCAGCCAGCUUCAAACUGAUGUAAUGCGGAUGGCCAGUGGGCAAACCCGUUCGAUUGACCUGCGUCGCCCGGUCGAUCUCAACGAGGCUCAGACAGUGGCAGCCGAUGCGCAGCCUGAGGUUCAACGUUGUAAGGCGCGCUGGCAGCAGUCUCGACUGAAAGUCCAGAUGGUAUAUGGAGCAUUAUCCAAAGGCAAAGGAACACCGUUGUAUCAAAAAGCAAUGAAGAGGCGGAAUGCCUACCACACCGCACGUCAAGCGUCUCGUCGUGAGAUGAAGGCAGUUAUCCGAGCUCGGUUUAAUGAGGAGCAACCAACAGAGGAUAUUAUACGGCAGGUACAUGGGCUUCCAAUGAGAUCUAUGAAGGCAUAUAAGACUGAGCUCGUCCCCCUUGAGCAGCAGCGCGCGUUUUCUCUUCUUUUCCGGUUUGCCCCUAACACAGAGCGUGAUGAAACUGAGUGCAGAGCUGCAGUCAUUGAUGCGGUGUCUAAGGUUGGGCCGAGCCGUAAACGCCGGCUUCAGGAAAUACAUAGCGAAGGCCCCACACCUGGGUGGGUGACAGCAGCGCUCCAAGGUAAACAACAAGUCCAAUUGGCGCGACGACAAUGCCUCUUGUGUAUGAUCUACGGUGUUCGCGGAGAGCCUUUCACUCGAGAUUCAAGCUUCGAGCGGCAUAUCCGUAGGAUCCAUAACAAGCAAAUACAGUGUCCUGAUCCUGCCUGUCAGGAUAUGCUUAUUGGUCACAUUGACAUUGCUAAUCAUAUGCGAUAUAUACAUGGAGCAUAG